UCGAUAUAUUGCUUGCAGUUUUCUGUAUCCAAAUAGAUUGAUCUCCAGGCCAGCGAUCGCCUAGUUAGCUGAUUGAUCGAUAUCACUUGUUUUGCCACUCUUGAAGACACUCAAAUUUGCCCCGUUACGGAUAAUGCAGCCAUCCACACAUCGUAUUCGAUAUUAGCUUCAUCCGACUUGUCGAUUGGCUUUCCUUCAACGUUCAGACUGGAAACUUCUUGCCCUGAACACUCAAUCUUUCAGGCCAAAAUCUUACCCAAAAGAGAGAACCCUCCAGGCCUACUCCACAUGGACGCCUUCGUCACCCGCAAGAAACGAAAGUCGAGUCCAACACUAGUAAAUGACUUUUGUGAAGACGGUGACGGCGACGAGUCCACCGAUUUCAAGCUGACUCUUUUAAGUUCUCUUCAUCCCGAUCUUGAUCACGAAGCUCUUCUCGACGUCUUGCUUGCCCACGACGGUUGUGUCUCGGAUGCGUCUGCAGCCCUCUCUUUGCCACAGAAGCAACCAAUCACAAAAUCUUCAAAUCCAGGAGCACAGUCCUCCCUUCGAUCCUUUGCUAAUCCCCUUUCGGGAAACGUUUCUUCUCCUACCCCUGCCAAGAAAUUCAGGCUAUUGUCCAAAAAAGGAAAAACACUCUUCUUGUUCGAUCCCCUGGAUAUUGCUCAACAUACCCCCUGCACUGUCAUUCAUAAUUUUCUAGCCCCGGAGGAGGCAAAUGAGCUGCUCAGAGAGCUCCUGCUCGAGUCUGAAACAUAUGAAAAGAUAACUUUCAAGCUGUUUGACAAUGUCGUAUCCAGCCCGCACACUUCUGGCUUCUACGUGGGCAGCGAAGAAGAGCUCAAGGAUCAAAAAUAUGAAUAUUUGUAUAAUGGCGCUAGACUUUCUGACGUGAGACGCUUGACGCCUCGACUGGAGGCAGUAAAACCCAAGGUUCAAGAGGCAGUCAACCGCGAGAUUCAGCAUCGGAUAGCAACAAGAUACCCUGGCGGCAAGAAACUGAGGUACCAGUGUCCGCGGCCCUGGGCGCCCAAUGCCGCCUUCGUAAACUGCUACAAUGGGCCACAGCAGAACGUCGGCUGGCACAGCGAUCAACUCACCUAUCUAGGCCCCCGGGCAGUCAUUGGGUCGCUGUCGUUGGGAGUUGCUCGGGAGUUUCGCGUGAGACGGGUCCUGCCUAGGACCGAGGUGGAUCUUGCAGCAGGCGACAGCAGCGGCGUCAAGAUUGCUACCCAAAAUGGUGUUGCUGAAGAGGACAGCCUCCGCGGCGACGCCGAAGGCCAGAUAUCCAUUCACCUGCCCCACAACUCGCUGCUGGUGAUGCAUGCCGAGAUGCAAGAGGAGUGGAAGCACAGUAUCGCCCCGGCACAGGCCAUCGAGCCCCAUCCGAUCGCCGGCAACAGGCGCAUCAACGUCACGUACAGAGACUACAGGCCCGAGUUUCAUCCAAGUCUGACCCCAAAGUGCCGUUGCGGCAUCGCUGCCGUAAUGCGUGUUGUGCAGAAAAAGAAAGAGAACUGGGGCAAGUACUUUUGGAUGUGCCACGCUGGAAAUGUUCCUGGCAAGGAUGGCUGUUCUUUCUUCCAAUGGGCUGAAUUUGACGACGACGGAAAUCCACUUUUGAAAACCCAGCAGGCCCCCGGCACGACAAGAUAGAUAAAUAUAGGUAGGUACCUAGGCAGCUGUACACGAAAAGCAUGUCUCUAAGC